GCUCUUUUUUCCUGUUUCAGUGUUGAGCAAAAAAAUUCUCAAACUUGUAGCCUGAAAUUACUUUUGGGUUUUUGUCUUAUUGAAAAAAGAUUAGAGCUUUCUUUAGUAGUAAAACGUUUGGUUUAAACCCCAAAAAGAACAAUGUAUUAAAAACAAAUAUUACUUAUUAAAUUCGAAGGAGGAGAUGGGGCUGGGAAUUACAGUAUACAGAUUUUUGUAUCAAUCAGAGUAAACCAGUAUCAGUAUAACAAUUACCAAGCUAAGCUUGGCCUAGUGGUAAGAGGUUAGGGGGUUCGAUCUCCACUAGGGGCGCUUUGGAAGAGGGUUUUCCCUUACUAUCCCUCCAAGGUUGGGUUAACAUGCGAGAGGUUCCGAUUUGGCUGUAUCAUGUGGUCCUCACUGGGGUCUGGGGACCCACAAAAAAGUACCAUCCUGUUUACUCUUCUGCUAUUCUUUGUUUCCUGUAGCGCUAGACGUACAUAUUUGUUUCCGACCAUAGAACACAAGUCUCCAAAGCAGCCUUUGCAGACUUCACGCCCAUACAACCUUGCACAUCGAGGUUCUAAUGGAGAAUUUCCUGAGGAAACUGCAGCUGCUUAUCUGAGGUCUAUAAAAGAAGGCGCAGACUUCAUAGAAACAGACAUCCUAUCCUCCAAAGAUGGUGUACUUAUAUGUUACCAUGAUGUAAUUUUAGAUGUUACUACAGAUAUUGCUGAGCAUAAGGAGUUUGCAGACCGCAAAAGGACAUAUGAUGUCCAAGGAUUCACUAUUACUGGCUUCUUCACUAUUGAUUUUACAUGGAAGGAACUUCAAACUUUGAGAGCUAAGCAAAGGUUCUCAUUUAGGGAUCAACAGUAUAAUGGAAAAUUUCCUAUUAUUACUUUUGAAGAAUACAUCUCUAUUGCUCUUAAUGCUUCUAGAGUUGUCGGGAUAUAUCCAGAAAUAAAAGAUCCCAUAUUUAUCAACAAGCAUGUGAAAUGGCCAAAUGGGAAGAAGUUUGAGGAUGUUUUUCUCGACACUCUCAAGAAGCAUGAUUACAGGGGUUCAUAUUUAUCGAAAAGUUGGCUAAAACAGCCUUGUUUUAUCCAAUCAUUUGCUCCAACAUCUCUUGUGUACAUACAAAAUAAGACAGAUCUGCCCAAAAUCUUCUUGAUUGGUGACACAGCUUGGCGAACAGAAGAUACUAACCAGACUUACUGGGAAGUCACUUCAGAUUCUUACUUUGAGUACAUCAAAAAGUAUGUUGUUGGUAUUGGACCAUGGAAGGAUACGGUGGUUCCGUCAGUAAACAAUUAUUUGCAACCCCCGACUAAUCUCGUUGUCAGAGCACAUGCUUACAGUCUUAUGGUACAUCCGUACACCUUUCGGAAUGAGAAUCAAUACCUACACUUUGACUUUCAUCAAGAUCCAUACACUGAAUUCGACUUCUGGAUAAACAAGAUGGGGAUCGAUGGCCUCUUUACAGAUUUCACGGGAAGCCUUCACAACUUCCAACAAUGGACCUCUCCUCUCUCUCCCGGGAUGAUCAAGAACCAUGAUUAGAAAUAUUGACAAAGCAUUCUUUGAGAUUCUUCAAGCAGCAGAAAUGCUACUAGUUACGGUAACUUUAUGCGAUUCGCUAUCAUUCUUAAAAGGAUAUUUUGUGCAUAAUGUUCUUCUUUUUAGAAUUUCCCCUUUAUGGCAUCAUCUCCACUUCAACUGGUGAGCAAUGUAGAUAAUGUUCAUUCUGUAGAGUUCCCUUCUCCAGACUACAUAAAUCUGUUUUACAUUUAUGGGAACACUAUAUAUUUGUAGCACAUAAAUUAACCUUCUUAUUCUCAUAUCUCAUAAUAAAGAUUGCAGUACAUUAGAUCUUUA